ACAAGCCCUCCACUGUCCACAUGAAGCGUCCCGAACACCCAGUGUGAAAGAGGAAUACACAGACAACAUGUUUGUCAACACAUAUUUGAGUAAAAAGCAGUUUAACAACACUGCGGUGGGUGCACGCCUUCUUCCGACGCACAGCCGCAGUGGGGUGAACGCGCAGCACGCAGCUCCAUAAACGACCUGUGCGCCGGCGAUAACAAAGUUGGAGACAUUCAAAAAAAGAGCACCGUGGUCGAGGACGCUUGAAUGCAUCCGUCGGCCCCUCAGUUCUGUUGAUGAGCACUGUGUGGUGUGAGUUUCGGUGUUGUGUGAAAGUUGUAUGAACCAUGAACAAUGAUACUGUUUAAGUGCCAGCGGUCAGCCCAUUAGGUGGGCGCGUCCGUGCAGAUAAACAACAAACACACAUCAUAUGAGAGGGGCCCAGCACUGUGAAUCUUUUUAUUGAUUAUAAUACACAAGGUUGUAUUAAGGGACGUUUGCAGUCCCUUCAUGUUACACAGAAAAACAAUAACAUAGGAAAUGAGCAAAAUAAAAUAAUUAUUUAUAUACAUAUGCGUAUACACCCAGGAAAUAAUUAUGUAUUGCUUCUUUUGAAUAUACAUCCGGGGGAAUGUUAUAUAUAAUAAUUAUAUUAUAAUAAUGUUGUAUAAUAAUUACCAUAAUAAUCAUGAUUCUCAAAUAUCACACACGUUUUUUUUCAGUAGCCUAUGUUGAAAACUAUUCAGACAUAUAGUAGAUCUAUAUUUAUAUAUUUAUGUAGCACAUUUCAUUGUUUAUACUGGGGGGACUGCUUUAUAGGUGAAUUAAAAUAGGAAAGAAAAUACAGUAAUGGCACAUAUGAAAGCAUCCUCGUAGGCACAUAACUUAUAUUUCUGCAUAAUUAUAAUUAUACAUCUAAAUUCCUACAUAAAAUCAUACAAUAGUCUUGGAUUGUGUGUGUGUGUGUGUGUGUGUGUGUGUGUGUGUGUGUGUGUGUGUGAGGGUGGGGACGGUGUCAGGUCAGGUUUUUACUAUUGCUUACAAUCAAGAGUAAAAUAAUGCAUUAACUCACUCUGACCCUCCUGCUUGACCCCUGGGCACUUAAAGCACAACAGGUGCACUGUCUGGAAAGUUUAGUGUGUUACAAAAAAAGCAUCUCAAUCUCAAACGGCACACGACCAUGAUCCAGCCUAAAGGCCCCUGAGAUGAAAGAAAACCCCAAACUGCACAAUAUGCCCCCUUUUUUCUGCAGACACAGGUGCCACCGAUCUGUCUACAGCCUAUAGGAUCGAAACACUGUUGCACUUUAAAGCCGUUUCAGACGCCUACAAAUAUGAGAUGCUCCAAGGCAAAACGCAAAUUAUUCCUCCAAAAAUGACAACAAUGCAAAGACAAGUCGGGGUCCGGAGCUCCCUCCUCUCUGACGGGGACUGCUUCGACAUGUGGCACGACUACAUGAACCUGGGAAGACUCAUGGAGAGGCUGUGCGACAGGCGAGACAGGGACCACGGAGACACCGAGGGGCCCAAGAAAGAAGCAGCAGCGGCUCCGUGGAGCCACAUCCAAACCUCUCGGCGAGAGGACUUCAAGAACUCCCCAGGGACCAGUUCAGUCAGCAGCCUGUCGGACACCAGCUGCAGCGGGACCCCUUCAUACUUCUGCCGCUUCUGUAAGCAGAACGGGGAAUCUGUGAGGGUGUACCGGUCACACAGGCUGAAGUCAGACGACGGGAAAGUCACCUGCCCCAUCCUCUGGAACUACACCUGUCCUAUCUGUGCAGCCACCGGGGACCACGCUCACACACGCCGGUACUGCCCGCAGGCGCAGCGGCAGGACGCUGCGAGGAAGCUUCCAGGGUCCAGGUUCUGGUAGCUGAUAAGACACUGAGAGACUGAGGACACUGAAAAGACUGUACAUAAUUACCAAGAACUGUUUUGGUCAUGUGUUCAUGUUUACACAAACUGUUGUAGGUUCCCAAAGUGUUUGAAAUAUUUCAUGUUUGACAUGUUUGCAUUAAUAUUACUGUCAUUCUGCUGCAGACAGUCUGCUGUUCAGAGGGUACAUAGUUUCAUCAUCAACCUGUCCAGCGUUAAAAAAAAAUGUUUUAAAACAUGUUAUCAAACCUUUGAAAACUUAAGUGUCAAAAACUGACAUUUUGGAAACCGCAAAACUAAAACUGUCUUCUUGUACAUCAAAAAUAAAUAUGGUAAAUGUUUGCA